CCGACGGAAAUCCCGUUAUCGUGGAAGGAGCAAACACUUUCUGUGCUCCUUUUCUCUUAGUCCCUUUCACCGUACUAACCUGUGCUGCUCCCAUAUAAACCCUCCUCCCCUCGACCAUUCCCGCUGCUUCUAACCCCUAAACUCUCUUUCCUUCCUUCAGAGUCUAUACCUGCCUUCCCCCUAAGUCUCACCUUUCUCAGCCAGACACAUGGCCCCAUCCGCUAUCGACGUUGUUGAAGAGUUCAUUGUCAAGGGAAAACCCGUCGCCCAGCCGCCGCUCGAGGCCUGCUCCGACCCGGUCCCGUUCGGCGGCGAUGACAAGUGGUUCUACAUCCCAGAAACCAGACGCUUCGACCUGACCCGGGGAUCUGAGAGGAGGCUGGUCCUCGACGCCGACGAUGGCAUCCGCAACCACCGCGGAUGUGUGAUCGACCCCGAAAAGACGAUUCUCGUGGUCAUCGACAUGCAAAACUACUUCAUCCACCCUGUCUUCCGCGACCAUGCACCUGGUCUUGCAGCCGUUGAUCCCACCAUCAGGGUCAUCGAGAAGUGCAGGAAGGAGGGUAUCCAGGUUGCCUGGCUCAACUGGGGAAUCGACGAAUACGACCUCCGUGUCAUGCCCCCCGCCGUCCAGCGAGGCUUCAGUCGCAACCUCAUCCAGGGACGCGGCCAUGGAUGGCACGUCGGUCUUGGUGCCCAACUGGCCGAAGGUCAAGGCCGAUGCUUGUUCAAGGGAACCUGGAACGCCGAUCUCUACGAGCCUCUUAAGGCCGUAGUAGCCAAGAACGACCUCUUCUUCGACAAGAACCGCAUGAGCGGCAUGUGGUCUCCUGACGAGCCUUUGCACAGGUACCUCCGCGAGAGUGAGAAGAAGACUAUUUUGUUCGCCGGCGUCAACACGGACCAGUGUCUGCUUGGCACCCUUACGGACUCAUACUCUUGGGGCUUCGACUGCAUCCUUCUCAGCGACUGCUCUGGAACAAUGACCGGACCGGAGGCUCAAGUUAUUAGCGACUACAACAUCGCCACCAACAUGGGACGAGCUUUGACGAUCUCGCCAAGGAUGUCUCUAGUAAACAUCUCCCUGAGCAUGCUUCUCCUUCAAUUGUUUUUCUUAUGCUUGGGAGCUCAUGGCUUGCCUACCGAGCAGCAAAUCUUACAAGACGACUCCGCCUCGUCGAAGAGUAUUCUGUCUGUGCGAGCGGCGUUGAAGAAAGCUGAAAUCAUCCCGACUGUCAUCGACGACUUCUUGCCUCAGCUCACACUGAACGUGACAUGGCCGACUCACGAGACAGCAGACUUGGGUAAUAAAGUUAAGCCCGAAGACCUGCAAAAGGCUCCCUCCCUGACUCUGGAUGAUGAGCCAACCUCAGCGACCGCCAACAACAACUGCAAGUCCAACAUGACCUACACUGUCGCGUUGACGGAUCCAGACGCCCCCUCGCGUGACAACCCCGAGUGGUCCGAGAUCUGCCACUGGAUCAUCACCGGCGUCCCGUUGACUUCGACGAGCACAUCCUGCCUCCCAGAAGGCAGUGCCGGCAGUGCUGAGACCGAAACUCAGAUCGCUGCCAAGGGGCUCGAAGAGAUCAUCGAGUACAAGCCUCCUGGACCGCCACCCAAGACCGGGGCGCACCGCUAUGUGUUCUUGGCCUUUGCUCCUGCGAACAGCACCAGUCAGCCCUUGGACUUGACCAAGCCCAAGGAUCGUCAGCACUGGGGCACUGGCAAGAAGGGCCAUGGCGUCAGGCAGUGGGCCGAGCAGAAUGGCCUUGUUCCAGUUGCUGCCAACUUUAUCUAUUCGAAGAACAAGGAGCAGUAAACAAUGAUCUCAGCUGACGUACACGAUCCGGUAACCAACGAAAUUGAACGACUCUCGAUUGCUAUGGCAGAGGGAAUCGUACAUCAGUUGUACUAGUAACUAGCUCUCUAAAAGCAACAAAGAACUGUAUAACAUAGCUACUACUAUCAAUUGAUCCCUGCU